UGGAAACAUGAUCUUAUCUUUUUCUCCCGCCACUCGUUUCUUCCCCAUAAUCUUAAGAACAAAUCGAUACGAAUUCGAAGAAAUUCUCCAUAUAAAAGGUAAGGAAGCGAUAGACCUCUGAGUUUUCAGUUGCAUUCAGCCAUGGCUUCCAAUGCAGCUCUAGCUUCCACAAGAAUCCCCACAAUCACCAGGCUUCCCUCCAAACCCUCCCUCUCUACCUCUUUCCCUUCCCAAUGCUCCACCAAGAGAUCGGAAGUGGCUGAAUUCUCCGGGCUCCGAUCCAGCGGGAGUGUGACCUACGCCAAGUAUGUCAAGGAUUCAUCCUUCUUCGACGUCGUGUCUGCCCAAUUUACCCCGAAGGCUGCAGGAUCAGCAAUUGCUAAGGUCGAGACAGUUGCGAAACUGAAGGUAGCAAUCAACGGAUUCGGACGUAUCGGCCGGAACUUUCUCCGGUGCUGGCACGGCCGGAAAGACUCCCCACUCGAAGUCGUAGUUGUCAACGACAGUGGUGGUGUCAGGAACGCUUCUCAUUUGCUGAAAUAUGACUCAAUGUUGGGCACCUUCAAAGCCGAUGUUAAAGUAGUCGAUAACGAGACAAUUAGUGUCGAUGGAAAGCAAAUUAAGGUUGUUUCUAGCCGAGACCCACUCAAGCUUCCAUGGGCCGAAAUGGGCAUCGACAUUGUUAUUGAGGGCACUGGAGUAUUUGUGGACGGACCGGGUGCAGGUAAGCACAUCCAAGCUGGUGCUAAAAAGGUGAUCAUCACCGCACCCGCAAAAGGUGCUGAUAUUCCAACAUAUGUCAUUGGUGUUAACGAGCAGGACUAUGGCCAUGAUGUUGCCAACAUUGUCAGUAACGCUUCUUGCACAACCAACUGCUUGGCUCCUUUCGUGAAGGUAUUGGACGAAGAAUUCGGUAUCGUGAAGGGAACAAUGACAACAACACACUCGUACACCGGUGACCAGAGGCUACUGGAUGCUUCACACAGGGACUUAAGGAGAGCUAGAGCUGCGGCCUUGAACAUCGUCCCAACCAGCACAGGUGCAGCCAAGGCGGUGUCGUUGGUUCUUCCGCAGCUGAAGGGCAAGCUCAACGGAAUCGCGCUUCGUGUUCCGACGCCUAAUGUUUCAGUGGUUGACCUUGUCAUCAACGUCGCUAAAAAGGGGCUCACGGCGGAGGACGUCAAUGGGGCUUUCCGGAAGGCGGCUGAUGGGCCUUUGAACGGAAUCUUGGCUGUUUGCGACGAGCCGCUCGUGUCGGUUGACUUUAGGUGCUCUGAUGUUUCCUCGACUAUUGACUCGUCGUUGACGAUGGUUAUGGGCGAUGAUAUGGUUAAGGUUGUCGCUUGGUACGAUAAUGAAUGGGGAUACAGUCAACGUGUGGUGGAUUUGGCACAUUUAGUGGCGAGCAAAUGGCCGGGGGAAGAGACAACCGGAAGCGGAGAUCCGUUGGAGGAUUUUUGCAAGACGAAUCCGGCGGAUGAGGAGUGCAAAGUUUACGAAUUUUGAUUUGCUUGAAAUAUCGUCAUUAUGCAGCAUCAUGUAUUUUGUAAAUUUAACAUUUGAACGACCAUGAACUUUGAUUUCAAAUUUUGAUUUCAUGGUGAAAACAAAGGGCAUACUUUUUUAAAUAUCUUUAUAAAUAUCUAAAUUAUCAUAGAUGGCCGUAAACAUCCCUUAGUGGACCUUACUUGGCCGUGAACACCUCUAAAGAGGGCAUGUUGGGGCGUAAACUACGUUAGAAAGCAAUCUUUGGGCCUAAACACCUCCGAGUGGCCUAUGCUUGGGCGUAAAUCCAUGGUGGACCACACCUUGGGCGUAAACUCUCUUCUAGGGAAAAGGUAAGGCGUAAAAACUAGGUCUGUCGAAAAAACCCGAAACCUGUUCUACCCACCCGACCCGUUCCGAAUUCGGGUAGAACGGGUAACAGGUAUGAACAUUCGGGUAAUAGGUUAACCCGAUAAUAAUAUAGGCCGGAUUUUAGGUAUGAAUAUUUAUUUUCGGGUAUACCCGAAUACCCGGAUUCGUUUUUUAAAUAAUACCAAAUAUACAAUGCAGUCACGUAUGCACACUUCAAAUAAAACAAAACCCUCC